CUCUGUUUCUUAGAACUGGAUUCUCAGAACUGGAUUCUCAGAACUGGUGAUGCACAGAGUUUCGAGGAAACUUUUACAAGGUUGUGACAGCAUGGCCACGACUACAGAUGACUGUGUUCAGUUCACACGCCAUGCAGGUGACGUUCUGCUCAACUUCAACCGUCUCCGCAGCAGGAACAUCCUGACCGAUGUCUCCAUACAGGUGGACGGACAGGUUUUUCGUGCUCACAAGGCCAUCCUAGUAGCUUGCAGCGGUUUCUUCUAUUCCGUGUUCAUGGAUCCUGAGAAUGCAAACCUCAGUGCCAUCAGCUUAGAUCCCAAAUUAGACCCCAAAGCUUUCUCCAUCCUGCUAGAUUUCAUGUACACAUCCUGUCUGAACCUUAAUGACACUGUGGUUGUGACCACCAUGAAUACAGCUAUCUACCUGCAUAUGGAACAUGUGGCCAACACCUGCCACAGGUUCAUUAAGUCCAGGAGCAAGACUCUGAGUUUGCAGAGUGAGGAGGUACAGAGCAACUCUCCACAUCUGGCUGAAGAAAUUUCUGCUUUAAGGCCUGACUAUGGAAACAACUGCACAUCAAACAUACCCCCUCCCCAGGAGUCCAGGGUCUACAUCCCCAAUGUUUUUAGGGGGAUCAACACCUCUGGCUCCUAUCAUGUCUAUGGUGACGUCCAUAUUGCUGCUGAGAAAUUAGAAGGUUCUCAGAACAUUAGAUGCUCACUGGUACCCAGUAUCAACAUGGCUCACAAUGAGUCCAACGCCAUUGUUUCCCACUCACUCCCAUCCCAUGUCAGUUACCUCCCCACUAUCAUCUCCCCAGCAGUAGCCCAUGGUAGCUUUCGAGGUCCUGUUGCGCCAAUGGAUGAAGACAGCAUUCAGCAUCCACAAGCCAACUGUGUAAGACGGUCCCCAGGCUUUAGCAAAGGGGUCAUUUGUAGCCCCCAAAGCCCCCUUAGAUCUGACUGCCAGCCAAACUCACCCACUGAGUCCAGCAGCAGCAGAAAUGCAAGCAUGAUCCUCACACAGCCAUCAGACUGCCCUAAAGAUGCCAAGGCCCGCAACUGGAAGAAGUACAAAUUCAUUGUUAUGAACCAAACUUCUGAUGAGAAUGGAAAGGAGGGUCAAGGAAACAGCGCUGAUGCUGCUGGAGCUGCGUCCCCUACACUGAGCCCCGGCAAGAGCGGUGCGGCGGGCGGAAACACUGAUGUCCAGGCAGAAGAAGGAGCCGGUGACCAUCAGGAAGAAAUGCCCAGGUCUCAGAGUGUGGACAGCACAAGCUGCAGCAGUGUUAGCAACAACAGAUGCUCUACAUGUGGCUGUGACAGCCCUCAGUGCAUGCAAGCAGGUCACCUUUCUCCUGACUCACACAGCAAAGAUGAAACCACCAAGCUACAUUCAGAUUAUUCCUCCUCCAGCUGUGAAAACAGCAGUUACAUCUGCAACGGGUGUGACUCAAAGUUCUCAGACGAAGAUUCCCUCAAAGACCACAUGGUCCAGAUCCACAGUAACAAGCCAUACAAGUGUGACUGCUGCCAGGCUGCCUUCCGCUACAAGGGCAACCUCGCCAGCCACAAGACUGUUCAUACAGGUGCAAAGCCAUACCACUGCAACAUCUGUGGAGCUCAGUUCAACCGACCAGCCAAUCUCAAGACCCAUGCUCGUAUCCACUCGGGAGAAAAGCCAUACAAGUGUGAAACAUGUGGUUCCCGAUUUGUCCAGGUGGCCCAUCUUCGUGCCCAUGUGUUAAUUCACACAGGAGAGAAACCGUACCCUUGUGAGAUCUGUGGAACGCACUUCCGUCACCUUCAGACACUCAAGAGCCACAUGCGCAUUCAUACCGGAGAGAAGCCUUAUCAUUGUGAAAAAUGUGACCUCCACUUCAGACACAAGAGUCAGCUGAGGCUUCAUCUGCGACAGAAGCACGGUGCCGUCACUAACACCAAGGCUCAGUAUCGCAGGUCUCCUGGCAACAUCAUUACAGGCCUGGUGAACUCCUGCUGAGCCUGCUGCAGAUCUUUGUGUGUCAGAUUUUUUUUUUUUAUUCUCUUUUUUUCACCAGCCAGCAUGCUGUUAAGAUUCUAUUUUUUCUAAACACAACCAGAGAUUUUCUUUGCCCUGUAUAUGUAUAUGAUGCACAUACUUUAUGGAUGCUGUCUGUGAAUGUUUAAGAACAGAAUGUACUUUGUUUUUUUAAUGUGAAUUGAAGUAUUUCCUAUAUAUGGCAAAUUACUCAACACAGUGUCUGAAUUGAAGGACAGCCCUCGUUUUCGUACAUAUUGAGAAUCACUGUUACACUUUUGCUUCAGUUGUAGAGAUGAGUUUGCCCAUUAAUGUGGUUUUUGCAGUCUUAUGCCAUUAUUUUCCCUAAGGCUCGUCUGUAAAUAAGAUAAUAUAUAUUUUAAAGUUGCCAUCUGCUGGCAGAGUACGAAUAUAUUUGCAUUAAGAAGAUUUUUCUUAAUGCAGUAAGCUUUACCGGCUGUCAGUAGGACAGGGGUUUGUUAUUUUGUCAUGUCAUAGUUUGUGGUACAUGAUGCAAUAAGCAUAGAUUGUCAAUCAUUUAAGCAGUUUUUAUUGUACAGUUUUGGUUUCUUCAAUUAUUUCUGGGUUAAUGGGGGUUUUUUUUGCACAUACACAUGAAGCUGUAAUUCCUAGAUUUUCUUACUUUUAUUUGUGUAUUUCUACUUAAAAUGUUGAAGCAGCUUGUUAAACUCAGUUCUCGGCACUUGUAUUAUUUAUAUAUUUUUAUUUUUCUUGGCUGAAUUCUCUUACAUUUGGUGCUGCAUUGAUCCGUUUGUCUCUGCAGGAUCAUUAAACUUUGAUAAUCCUUUUACCUUGUGUGUCAUAGUUCAAUCAGACUAACCAGUUUAAUCAUAGUGCCUUACAUUCACAUGCUUCUGUGAGCUGCUUUCACCGACUAGCGAUUAAGGCAUUUUACUGUCAACAAUACAGCUGCUGAAAAGAAUUGCUUUUGUGAUGCAGUUCCCAUUUUCGCAUUUGGUACUUUGCCCUGUUAUUAUGUGAAAGCAUGUCAAGGUACUGUUGAUUUGAAAGCUUCUGUUCUGUGUAGCUCUUUAAAUGCAAACACCAGGCCUAAAACUCAAACACUCAGGAAUAUUUCUAAUAUGUAAGCAAAUGUCUGUAACUGCAGAUUAUGCAUAUGUUAUACAUGCAUACAUAUAUAUUAAAAACACAAAAUAAAAAUGUAUA